UUCUUCAGCCUCGUUCCCGGGUAGUAUAAAGAUUGCUGUCUCCUUUGUUCGCCCUCGUUGCGCAGUAGUCCUAGCGUCAUUUCUGUUCCUUUCUGAAAAUCGGCAGCUGUCACUGGUGCGGUACUGCUUGGAAGACCUCUCUGGCGAGCUCCUAGGAGCUUGAGACCGUCGCAGUCCCCUCCGGAGACUCCCAUCAGUUGAAAGAAAAAAAUGGUUGAGGCAGAUCGCCCAGGAAAGCUCUUCAUUGGCGGGCUUAAUACAGAAACAAAUGAGAAAGCCCUUGAAGCAGUAUUUGGCAAAUAUGGACGAAUAGUGGAAGUGCUUUUGAUGAAGGACCGAGAGACCAAUAAGUCAAGAGGAUUUGCUUUUGUCACUUUCGAAAGCCCAGCAGAUGCAAAGGAUGCUGCCAGAGACAUGAAUGGAAAGUCCUUAGAUGGAAAAGCCAUCAAGGUGGAGCAAGCUACCAAACCAUCAUUUGAAAGUGGCAGGCGAGGACCACUUCCACCUCCAAGAAGCAGAGGCCCUCCCAGAGGUCUUCGAGGAGGGAGAGGAGGGAGUGGAGGAACUAGAGGACCCCCCUCGCGUGGAGGACACAUGGAUGAUGGUGGCUAUUCCAUGAAUUUUACCAUGAGUUCUUCAAGGGGACCUCUUCCAGUAAAAAGAGGACCACCACCACGAAGUGGAGGGCCUCCUCCUAAAAGAUCAGCCCCUUCAGGACCAGUCCGCAGCAGUAGUGGAAUGGGAGGAAGAGCUCCUGUGUCACGCGGAAGAGAUAGUUAUGGAGGCCCACCACGAAGGGAGCCCCUGCCUUCUCGCAGAGAUGUUUAUUUGUCUCCAAGAGAUGAUGGUUAUUCCGCUAAAGAUAGCUAUUCAAGCAGAGACUAUCCAAGUUCUCGUGACACAAGAGAUUAUGCACCACCACCAAGAGAUUAUACCUACCGUGAUUAUGGGCAUUCCAGUUCACGGGAUGACUACCCAUCAAGAGGCUAUGGUGAUAGAGAUGGCUAUGGUCGGGAUCGUGACUGCUCAGACCAUCCAGGUGGAGGUUCCUACAGAGAUUCCUAUGAGAGUUAUGGUAACUCACGUAGUGCUCCACCUACACGAGGGCCCCCGCCAUCUUAUGGUGGAAGCAGUCGCUAUGAUGAUUACAGCAGCUCACGUGACGGAUAUGGUGGAAGUCGAGACAGUUACUCAAGCAGCCGAAGUGAUCUCUACUCAAGUGGUCGUGAUCGCGUUGGUAGACAAGAACGAGGGCUUCCCCCUUCUAUGGAAAGGGGGUACCCUCCUCCACGUGAUUCCUACACCAGUUCAAGCCGCGGAGCACCAAGAGGUGGUGGCCGUGGAGGAAGCCGAUCUGAUAGAGGGGGAGGCAGAAGCAGAUACUAGGAAAAAACAAAACUUUUGGACCAAAAAUCCCCAUUCAAAGAAACAAACAAAUGGAAACUUUCUGUCAUAAACUACCCAAGGACUACUAAAAGGAAAAAAAAAUUGUGUUACCGUUUUAAAAUUUCCUGUUCCCCUUAAUAAUUUUUAUGUUCUUGUGAGGGAAAAAGUAAGACAUGUUUAAUUAUAUUUGCUAUUAUGAGUUGCUUUCACCAAGCAAAUGUUAGAUGUGUAAGCCUUGACUUGUUACUAGUGUUGUAAUUUUCCAAGUAAAAGUGUCCCUGAAGGCCACUUCCUGAUUUUUUUUCCCAGUAAAUGAGGCAGGCAAUCCCAAGAUCUUCCACAAACAUUCAGCCAUCUAGAUGUCCUUUGGUCUCCGUUGAUCGAUGGACCACCCUGCCUGUGCAGACAAGCUAGUUAUUAGAGAGGGUUGGUUGGGUAUGCUACCCUUAGGAUUCAUGAUUUCGUGGUAUCUUCCAACUGAAAUCUCAAUGU